UCCUCCACUUGUUCCUUGCGUUAGUGUGAGUUAUGUUCAGCAGUGAAAUCUCCCUCCGCUAAAUUUACCACAUGGGCUUGGCCACAAACAAAAGCAAAAACCAAAACAAUGUUUUUGAAUCAAACAGCCCGCUAAAGUGACCGGUAAAAAGCGAAUCGAAAUUUUUAAAAAAGUUUGUGAUUGUAUAUUGUUAGUAAAUUAUUACAAAACAAUUACAAAACAUUGUGAAUAAUUUGAUAGCGAGUGGUCGAAUAAACGCCAACCAAAAAUGUACGAAAUAAUCUCAUGUGCCAAGGACAGUCAGCUGCACAGCUUCCCGGCAUUCGAGUCGCUCUGUUCCAGCGGUCACGUAAACGAAGAUGGAAGCGAUCUGCAGUUUUUCACCGACCGACGGAUGUUUGCCCGGGUCAACAAGAACUGGGGCAUCGAGAUGAUGCGCAUCAAAACCGUGGAAGGGAAACCUGUUUUUGCGAAUGUGAAGAAAAUCCUCACCGACAACCUGUACUGUGUGGCCUGUCCGAAGGCGGACCGGGAGGAAAUAGCCGUUGGGCUCACUUCCGGUGGCAUUCGCUUGAUGGGUUACAAAAAAGCGAGCAGCGCCAAACGUCUGGAGGCUGAUCGCAUAAACAACGGUGUCACGUUUAUGGAUUUCAAUGCGACCGAUGAGCUACUGGCCGCCGUUUACGAAAACGGCAGCGUUAACGUCUACGGUAUGAAGACCUCCAGUCGGUUGUACAAUCUGGCCUUCGAUAAGAACACCACUAAAGCUCGCUUCCACCCGGCAAAACGGUUCCUACUCUCAGUGGCCUCCUACAAUGGGUCGGUUCUGAUGUACGACACUCACCAAAAGAAGGUACUUUUCAAUCAGGUGGAAGCACACACCGCUCCCUGUCGAGAUUUGGCCAUGACAGCCGCCAGUCCGGAUAUGCUGUACACCGUAGGUUACGAUAACGUUAUCAAUGUGUUCGAUACCCGCAAAAAGCAGGCUCCCCUGCAGAUCCGAUCGAAUUAUCCGUUCGAAUCACUGGCUGUUUCUGAGUGUGGUCAAUUUUUGUGUGUAGGUAAUUUAAAGGGAUAUUUGUAUGGUUACGAUGCUAGAAAUUUGUCUAAACCGCUGAAUACGAACAAGUGUCAUGAUAGCUCGGUAACCAGCAUUCUGUUCGCAAAUUCUCGAGAUGGGGAGACGGUAAAUACUACGGUGGCCGGAAAAAGUGUCAAAAAAGUUAGCAUCGUUGAAGAGCCAAAGAUUUGUCACAGUUCGGUGUCCGUAAGUUCGGUAGAUGAAGAACACCCAGUUGUUGGUAAACCCGAACACGACAGUUUUAUGAAUGAAAUCGAUAUGUUUUUGCAACGGAGAGAUUCCAUGGAUUGUAUGUCUCGUUUGAGUACAUCCUCAAGAAUGAGUUCUGGGUCUGCCCGUGCCAGUAUGGGAGGAGGAAAUAAUCUGAUGAGCUACCUGGAUGACAUCGAUGACAACUUUGACUCAGAACAAAAUGCUGAAGAUACUCAAAGUCCAAAUUUAGAUGAAAGCUAUAUCAACACUAACAGACUAGUGAAAAGAAAUGCUACCAAGAAGCAACCAUCUUUAGAACGUCCUCAAAAGUCCAGUACCAACUUGGAGAACAUAAGAGAAGAAUCGGAUGUCGACAGCAGUCGGGCUCUCAGCGAAAUACCACCGGAGUUCAAUGGAGACCAGUCCAAGCAAGGCUCUGCUAUACCACCUUCUAAGCGUGUCUCUUUACGCCGUUCGACCAAUGCGGAAAACAAAGAAAACCAAUUCUCACCCGUUCCAGAUAGAACAUCUACUCCUCAAUCGACUCAGGAAUCUACCCCUGUGAUACCCCAACACCGAGAUAGUACAAAAUUAUCAACUGGAGAUUCGCUACCGCCAACAGUGCAGGCCGCCUUCCAAGAGCUCAAACUAGAGAUGGCAGAUCUACGCAACGAAAUGAGAGCAGAGUUGAAGGAACAUUUUUUCCAGAACAACGUCGAUCGUAAGUACACUGCCAUGGCCACCCGAAGUCACCUCUGGAUGGGUACCUUCAAUCUGUGGCAAGAAACACAACAGAAGUUGGAACGCAUUGAUGAGGUUACUCAAGCGGGUUUUGGGUUGCUGCUCAGCAAUGAUGAGUUCACCCAACGGUAUAUGGCUCUGCAGAAAGAAAAUGAACAGCUCAAACGAAGAAUCUCCGAGCUGGAGAAAGAAAAAUCCGGUUCGAAGAAAUGAACAUUAAGUGCGGGGUUUUAACGGUAAGUUUUAUUACAAUUAUUUUCUCUCCACUCGAAGUGGUAAGCGUUUUUGGUGAUUAGAUAAGAUCGUGUUAUGGAACUGAAUAUCUUUACGAAAAGACAUUAAACAUAUUAUCAACUUUA